UGGGGGGCGGGCCACAUGACAGAGGGCCCGGCUGGCUGCGCCGCGGACUCCCCCCUUCCCAGGUUCCAAGCCCAACAUCCAUCAGUUAUGAUCCAGCUUCGGGUCACCCCUGAGACGUCGCUGGUUGACAUGCCGGUGAGGAUCCAUGUCUCCGGCCUAGCGCCCACCCAGCUGGUGACCCUGCAGUCAUCGCUGAUGGACGAGAGGGGGGUCCAGUUCCAGGCCCGAGCCUUCUACCGGGCAGACGAGGCUGGGGAGGUGGACCUGGAGCAGGCGGCUGCCACGGGAGGUGACUACGUGGGCGUCUGGCCCAUGGGCCUCUUCUGGUUCCUCAAGCCGGAGAAACUCUUCCACAGGCUGGUGAAACGGGAUGUGAUGAGCAGCCCCUUUCGCUUCCAGCUCGACCUCUUUGACUCCUGCCAGCUCCUUCCCUCACCCCAGCUCGUGCCUCUGGCCACUUGCACCGUGGAGAGGUGGUAUGUGGGCCCCGGAGUGGAGCGUGUCCCAAUCAAGGAGGGCCGGGUCCGAGGGGCCCUAUUCCUGCCUCCUGGGCCAGGCCCCUUUCCAGGGGUGAUUGACAUGUUUGGCGGGGCUGGCGGGCUCAUUGAAUUCCGAUCCAGCCUGCUCGCCAGCCGGGGCUUCGCCGUGCUGGCGCUGGCGUUCUUUGGCUAUGACGACCUGCCGCAGGUGCUGGUGGAGGUGGACCUGGAGUAUUUCGAGGAAGCAGCCAACCUGCUCUUGAAACACCCCAAGGUGAGAGGCCCAGGCCUUGGAGUGAUCGGGGUGUCCAAAGGGGCUGAAGUCUCGCUGGCCAUGGCUGCCUUCUUAGAGCAGGUGGUGGCCGCGGUCUGGAUCAAUGGCACAGGAUUCCUGAACAGCACGCCACUCCGUUACAAAGGGGUCCACAUUCCCCAUUCCCUACUGCCCUGAACAGCUGCUCAUCACAGAGAUGGGGGCCCUGGACAAUACCAUGUCUUCAGGGAUCCCCGGGACCCGGUCUAUGCGGCUGCCGCCAUCCCUGUGGAGAAGGCUCAAGGGGAGGUGCUCUUCGUGGUGGGAGAAGCCGACCGCAAUUUUAACAGCAAGCUGUUUGCUGAGAUGGCCAUAGAGAGGAUGAAGAGCCAUGGGAAGAAGAACUAUACCCUGCUCUCCUACCCUGGGGCCGGGCACCUGAUCGAGCCGCCAGGGUCCCCACUGUGCAGCAUCUCGCUGAUCCGGGGGAGCCCCAAACCUGUGCACUGGGGGGGUGAGCCGGAGGCCCAUGCCAAAGCUCAGGAGCAUUCCUGGCAGGAGAUCCUGAAAUUCCUCGACCGCUGUCUCAGACCCACCAGCAACCUGUAACAGCCAAAGGAGUGGGGGGCCAGGGGGACCCCAUCCUGCCAGGCUGGAGGAGCUCCUCCCAUCCCCCCAUCCUGAUCAACAUAAUAAAUACUGAGAACAUAGAAAGAAUAUGUGGGAAGCUUCCAGGGGAGCACCAGGGGUGGGGAGGUGGGGGCGCAAGAGGCAGUGCCCACAAGGAAGCAGGCUGGCCUGCUGCUUAAGCACUGCCUGGAUUUGGAGACCUGGGCUCAAGUCUCAGCCCUGCUGCUGACACCAUGGGUGGAUCACUGAUCUUUCUAAGCCUCUGUUCCCUGUCUGUAAAAUGGGGAUAAGGCUUCUGCCUUGUCUACGUAUACAGCAAGCUCGUCAAUGGAAUGAGUGGCUCUUAGUGUGUAUGCGAUGCCCAGCUCACGGGCCUGACUCAGAGUCUGAAGGUGCUACUGGAAUCUAGCUGGUAAAGAAGGCUAUGUAGGAGAGGGCGCUGCUUUAAAGGGAGAAGGGGACGUCCUGCAUUUAUAGCCCGCAGGAGAUAAUUAGCUUAGAUACAAGGGAACAGGUAUACCCCAUUAGGUUAUAACUAAGGCAAAGAUUUUUUCACAGAUAUUUUUAGUAAAAAUCACAAACAGGUCACAGGCAAUAAAGAAAUAUAAUGGAAUGACCUGUCCUUGACUUUUACUAAAAAUAUCCAUCACAAACUGGGGAGCCAGUAGGCAGCUGCAGGGGCCUGGCUGGGAGCUCUGGGGUCCCCUACCCCUAUGGGGGCUCAGAGCUCCAGGGUCCCUGUCCUCCACAGCUCUGCGCUGUGGGGUCCCCUGCCACCAGAGGCUGGGAGCUGUGGGAACGGGCCAGGAACUGUGGGGUCCCCCUUCACUCAUUCGGAGCUCCCCUGCACCCAUGGUGGCGAGGAGCUGCGGAGUACCCAGCGCCCUGUGGCAGGCAGGUGUUGCAGGGAGUUGUGAGGGUCCACCCAUGACAGCCAGUAGCUGUGGGGACCCAGCUACCCACGGCAGCCAGGAGCAGCUGGGAACCCCCACUGCCUUGGGCUUCAUAGCCUUAGUUAUAAGAAGUUCAAAGUGGAUUAAACUGUAGCCGUUGCACCAGUUAUGUUAGAUCUUCUGAUAUUCUCACCCUCCCUCUUAGCUCCCAGAGAAAAGCUUGGUUACUGCACAUCCGUGGCUGCUUAGUUUCCAAGGUGAUUCACUGAAAAUGAUGUUAAAAUGAGACGCCCCGUUGUGCCAUGAUAAUUUACAGAAAACAAUCUCAUCCUCACGGGUGGGAAUUAAGUGUCAUGCUAGCCUGGGGAACGGCCAUUGUCUUGGUCAUUUCCUGCAGCUAAACGUGGGCCCUGCAGAGCUAAGAGCAGGAGCCUGCAUGGCUUGAGUUCCUUAUCUGGAUGCUGUAGCUGAGAUGGAGCCUCAGACAAUCAAGCACCAAGGUGGUGAGAGGGUGUCAUACUCAGUGAAUAAUGUCUAGGCUGCAGGGGGCCAUAUUUUCUUGUACAAGGGGCAGCCUUUCUCAUUGUCUUCAUAUCCAUAACCCAAUGAGCUUUCGCUGCAACGUAAAUCCAUGAGACACAGACUGCUCCAGGUUGGGCGUGAUGCUGAUCGAGGAGGAUUAGGGGAAUAAUCCUUGUGUUUUAAAGGCCCCAGCCCAGGUUUUCACCCUGGAAGGGUGACAGGCGUAUUCAUG